AAUUCUAACAGUAGUUAAAGAAAGGAAGGAAGAACCAGAAAUAGAGAGGUUAAACUUUAAAAGCUGAACAAGCACAAGGUUUGUUGUUUAUUUUUAUCUCUGUCCCCUGCCAUCUCUGCCAGCCUUUCGCGUCUUCUACGUCCACUUGCCCUCUCUGUCUCUUGCGAUUUUGAGUUCUUUUCUUGGAGCUCAAAUUUUUAAACAUGCAAUCUUGUGGUAACUUCUAUAAUUGUCCCAGGGGUAUGAUAUGAUUUGCACAGCUAAGUUCUCUCAUUUUUAAUGCAUUUGGAUUGGUGUAACUUUUUACUAGUUCGAGGAGCUCAGUUUUUCUAAAAAUUCUCUUCCUUCUCUACUUAUUUGCGUUCCAGUUCAUUGGUUGGUUCCUAGGUAGGGAGUGUCUUGAGCUGUUCUUCAAGUUUCCAGUGUAUUACUCCCUUUUGGGGUUUUUCUUUUCAUGUGGACUGAUAAAGUUAAUUAAUUUCCAAAAUCUGAUCUGGGUUUUUGUUGGUUUCAAAUUUAAUGAUUAAAGAAGUGGAAAAGAUCAUUUCUUUAAUCUAAAAUAUGCUUAAAAUAGCUUAAUUUGGAGGGUUUUUGAAUCUUUGAGAGAGCCAUUAAAAAAUAGGUUUUUUGACUGCUACUUUAUAUGAAACUAUUGGUUAAUUUAUAGUUUGUUUAUUUAUUUAUAUAUCUAACUCACUGGUGUUAAGGACGUUAGUAUAAAAGAAAGAUUAUUUUCUGUUCUGUCAAAUUAUGUAACUGAAAAAAAGUAGCUCUUUUCUUUUAUUUCUUUUGUGAGUUGCAUACAAACUGGGAUUGUCUUGAAUUCAUGGGGGUUCUUGUCAAGCUUUUCAUGUCUUGAAACUCUUGUCGGCUCCAUGUAGUUUUUGGGUUCUUUGAGCUUGUGCUGGAGUUCAAGAGAGGUUUCCAAAAAGUGCCGGAAAUGGCCAAAUAAUUGAACUUUGAGGGCAUUUCUUACUGAGCAGAAGCGUUGCUAAUCAACAACCUUCACCAUGCCUUUGUCUGAGCUCCUAUACCGAAUGGCUAAGGGAAAAACUGAUUCUUCUCAAGAGAAGAAUCCUGCUUGUUCAACUGAUCUGUCUUUUGUCAGACCUGAGAAUGAUUUUGGUGAGCUAAUAUGGGAGAAUGGUCAGAUUCAAUACAGUAGAGCUAGAAAGAUACAAACUUGUAACAGCUUACCUCCCAAGAUUAGAGAUAAAGACAUAGGAAAUGGCACCAAUACUAAAACAGGGAAGUUUGGAACGAUGGAGUCUACACUGAAUGAACUCCUUGCGGUUCCUGCUGUUGAAGUGAGGGCGAAUCAAGAUGAUGACAUGGUACCUUGGCUGAAUUAUCCAUUGGAUGAACCUCUGCAACAUGAUUAUUGUUCUGAUUUUUUGCCCGAAUUAUCGGGGGUUACUGUAAAUGAACACUCCUCCCAGAGUAAUUUUCCAUCGUUUGAUAAAAGAAGUUGUAACCAGUCAAUUACGGACUCCCAUACUGUUUCGGUGCACAAUGGUUUGAACUUAGAGCAAGGAGAUGUGGUGAUGAAUUCUUCAGCAGGAGAUAUUGAUGCUAAGAGGCCUAGAACCAGUGCUAGUCAGUUAUAUCCGUCAUCUUCUGAGCAAUGCAAAACAUCAUUUCCGUUUUUUAGAUCCAGGGAUUCAACUAAAAAAGAUGAUAGUACAAUCAAUGCUGUCCACCAUGUCAUUGCACCAGAUUCUAUUCGAGCUCCAACAUCAGGAGGUGGUUUUCCCAGCAUAAAGAUGCAGAAGCAAGUUCCAGCACCAUCCCCUAUCAACUCCAGUUUAAUGAAUUUCUCUCACUUUGCAAGACCAGUUGCUCUUGUAAAAGCUAAUCUUCAGAACGUUGGCAUGAGAGCUAGUUCUGGAACUUCAAGCAUGGAAAGAAUGCAAAAUAAAGAUAAGGGCUCAAUUGGUUUACCAAAGGAAACAGACUCCCAUUGCCGUCCUAAUAUGAUGUCAUCCAAGGUUGAGGUUAAACCAACAGAGGUUAAGCCUGCUGAAGGAUCUGUUCCUGCUGAGCUACCUGAGGAAAUGAGCCAAGAAGGUGACUCUAAAAGCGAUAGAAACUGUCAUCAAAAUUUUGGUGAAAGUGCAAUUAAAGGAUUAGAAGAUGUUGAAAAGACUACAGAACCUCUGGUUGCUUCUUCUUCUGUUGGUUCGGGCAAUAGCGCAGAGAGACCUUCUGACGAUCCAACUGAGAAUCUGAAGAGAAAACAUCGUGAUACUGAGGAGUCUGAAGGUCCUAGUGAAGAUGCUGAAGAAGAAUCAGUAGGUGCAAAAAAACCAGCUUCUGCUCGAGCAGGUAAUGGGUCCAAGAGAGGUCGGGCAGCAGAAGUUCAUAACUUAUCUGAAAGGAGGCGAAGGGAUAGGAUCAAUGAGAAGAUGCGAGCCCUACAAGAACUCAUACCAAACUGCAAUAAGGUGGAUAAAGCUUCAAUGCUUGAUGAGGCCAUUGAAUAUUUAAAGACUCUUCAGCUUCAAGUACAAAUUAUGUCAAUGGGAGCUGGAAUGUACAUGCCAUCAAUGAUGUUACCUCCUGGAAUGCCUCACAUGCAUGCAGCUCAUAUGGGGCAGUUCUUACCCAUGGGCGUUGGAAUGGGAAUGGGUUUCCGGAUGGGUAUGCCUGACAUGAAUGGUGGAUAUUCUGGUUGCCCUGUGUAUCAAGUACCUCCUAUGCAUGGAGCACAUUUCCCUGGCUCGCCAAUGUCAGGGCCUAGUGCUAUGCACGGGAUGGGAGGACCUGGUCUUCAGAUGUUUGGGCUUUCUGGUCAAGGACUUCCAAUGUCAUUUCCUCGUGCACCCUUAAUGCCAAUGUCUGGAGGGCCUCCUCCGAAAACAAACAGGGAACCAAAUGCUUGUGGGGUGGUAGGACCUAUGGAUAAUUUGGAUUCAGCUACAGCCUCUAGUUCAAAGGAUGCAAUUCAGAAUAUCAACUCGCAAGUGAUGCAGAACAAUGUUGCCAAUAGGUCAAUGAAUCAGACCUCUAGUCAGUGCCAAGCAAGAAAUGAAUGUUUUGAACAGCCUGCUUUUGCGCAAAAUAAUGGUGAAGGCUCAGAAGUUGCUGAAAGUGGAGUGUUGAAGUCAGCUGGUGGAACUGACACCAUACCUAGUAGAGCAACUGGUUGUGACUGAUUGAUAGGUCUGAUGCUUUGUCAUUGGAGAGGUGAAUCACCUUUGCUUCAUAUCGACGUUGAACCUAUUAUUGUACGCGGUAAAUCUGUGGGAUACUGGGGGCACAUAUGAAUAUGUGAAAAGGUUCCAUGGUUUAAUGAAGUCGAGCUCUUACAAUAAUUAUUGGAGUUCUAAUUUCAGGGAAGUAGAAUUACAAUUGCACAGAUUUUGGUAUGUUGAGGAAACUCAAGAACGGUCUUACUUGCAUCUGUAUGUAUAUUUAUUUACACAACCUGAGCAAAUAAUAAUGCACUGUCUAGGAGCAAGCCAACUCAAGAAAUAUGUAUUUGAAAGUUUGUUGUGGUAGAUCUCUCAUACAAAUUCUUUGAACUAAUGAAAAAAUACUUAAUUUUCCAGUA